UAGAGUACCAUCAUUUAUUGAGAACAAAGGAGGGGUGUACGUCACUAACACAUUGUCUCCUUCUUCACUCACAAUAGACAUACAACCGACUUUACAUGGAAAAUGGACAGCAAAAGAGUGUUCUUUGGGCUGCCCUCUUGAUAAGAAGUUGGAAAUGGAAUCACUGGCUGGUGUGAGCAACGUUGCUGGUUCUAUAGAACUUUAUUUGCAAAACUUUAAGAUGACAAAACAACUUCAACCAUUGCAAUCAAGUCAUUUCAUCGAUAUAAAGUCAGGUGUGUGCAUGAAGCAGGAAACAGAUUGCCCGUGUGAGUGUCCCGGCCGUGCAAACUGCGAAGAAAAGAAUGGCAUCAAACGUUGCCUUCAAUGUCUGAAUUCUUAUUGUUCCUCCCCGUGUCCUCCGGGUACAGUCGAGCAAUAUAACUUGAAACAAAACAAAGUAGAAUGCAAAUGUCGCUGUGCUGACUUCAGUCUUAGAGACAACGGAAACAGUGGCGAUUGCAAGCAGUGUGGCUGUACAUGUCAAGAUGGAACUAAAAGCACCAUUGGACCAGACGGUCAAUGUGGCUGUUCUUGCAAAUGUAGAAAUUGCCAGCACUCCACUCGCGGUCCAAGUGGUUGCAUUUGUCUCAAUGACAAGUGUCCCUUAUGCCUUGAGGGUAUGGAAGCAGUGUGGCAAGACUGUGUGUGCAGCUGUCAGUCUAAACAAGAUCGAGGAGGUCUACCUCCCGUUUGCGCUGAAGGAUGGAGAGGUCCUUUCUGUGAUGUUCCCGACUGCAGCCCUUGGCCGUACUGCUCUGACAAUGGUAAAUGUACAAUACCACAAAGAGAUCAAGCCGAUCUACAUCCAUACUGUGUGUGUGAGCCUCAAUGGAUUGGCAGAGGAUGUCAAAUUGCAAGACCGAGAAGAAUAGCAGGAGAUCCACAUUUGGAAACUCUUGAUGGUUUCAGCUACGACUAUUUUGAUAUCGGAGAGUUUUGGUAUUGUAAAAGUCGUGACAAUGACUUUGGAGUUGCAACACGAUUUUUCAAGUAUCAACGAGUGUCACUCAUUGGAGCUCUAGCAAUCAAGGUGGAAAGUAAUAUUGUAACAAUUACAACUCCAUACAAUCCUUCUCCAAAUGAUCUCCCUUUUGUGAGAAUUAAUGGUGUUGUCGUGGCUCCACUAAAAGAUGAUAAGCUGAGUUUAGCUAAUGGCAGAGUGCAUAUGGAAGUCACUAUUUAUCAUAAUGAUUCCUCAUCAACAAAUGAAGAAGACAGCGGCACCAUUAGAGCUCUCGUUGCUUUCCAGUGGUAUGAUGAUGUCUACUUGUCUGUUGAAGUUCGCUACAGUCCUGGCAUGAAAAGACAAUUCAUCAAUAUUCUCUUCUCUCCAGUUGCCACAUUCAAAGGCAAAACAGAUGGUCUGUGUGGCUACAUGGACGGAGAUUUGAAUAAUGAUCUGUUGGGAUCAGAUGGAAUCACUUAUUCACUACAGGAUAACGUGACAUUUGCAAAGACAUGGAGAAUCACGCAAACGUUUAGUGGCUCUGGUUUGAAUGGCACGUGGUCUUGGUCUCACUCCAACUUUCACAAAGACGAUGUGAUGGAUAUCUCCUACACCGAUCCUACAUUUGUACCACUAUACAGCAUUGCAGACUUGCAACCAUCUCUCAGACAAAUGGCCAUAUCAGUGUGCAGUUCACUGAAUCUAACUGGAAUAAAACUGAACGAGUGCAUAUUUGAUGUAGCGGUCACUAACGAUACAUCCCUGACCGAACAGGAAGCAUUCAAGAUUGGAUGUCCAACUCAAUGUUCUGGCAAAGGUCGUUGUGUUAACAACACUUGCGUGUGUGUUUCGGGAUGGUUUGGAGACGAAUGUAGUCGAGGUUCUUGUGCAAAUUGCAGUGUGAAUGGGGACUGUGUGUCCGGAUUCUGUCGCUGUCAUUUUGGAUGGGAUGGACCGUUCUGUGAAAGGCCUGCUACUUGCUUUGGUGUAUCAAACUGUACUAGUGCUUCUCAUGGACUGUGCAAGUCGGACGAUGUGUGUGAGUGUACACCAGGUUAUAUUGGUGAGUCGUGCAACGAGAAAGCGCGUUGUGAUAACGUGAACCAUUGUUCUAAUCAUGGCGUGUGUGUCGAUCAUGAUAAGUGUGAGUGUGAGUUGGGUUGGGCUGGUAUUAACUGCACUCUGUACUCGUGCGAACUGAACGGAUACUGCAACGGCCAAGGUCGAUGCGUCGAUUUUGAUGUGUGUCAGUGUGAUGUGGGAUGGGCUGGUGGUAGCUGCACCACUCCUCUCUGUAACGGUGUAGACGAGUGUUCCGGUAACGGCGAAUGCGUGUCACCUAACGUUUGCCAGUGCUACGAUGGAUAUUCGGGUAGCAAUUGUGCCGUUGCCGACGUUUGUCCUGAAGUGAACGAUUGUUCUGGUAACGGAGUGUGCCUUUCCAAAACGAAAUGCAGAUGUUACUCUGGCUAUUCUGGUAAAAAUUGCAGUCAAGCGCAGUGCAAGGGAAGGAACGAUUGUUCCGGUCACGGCAAAUGCGUUGAAGUGGAUCUGUGUGAAUGUGAGUUUGGAUACACCGACUCGAACUGCAGUUCCUACUCGUGCGAGACACAUAACUUCUGUUCAGGUCAUGGAACGUGUCUAUCGUUUGACCGAUGUUUGUGCCAAAUCCAUUGGAACGGUGUAGCUUGUGACAUUCCCGAUUGCUCCAACGUGGACAAUUGUACCGACCUUCCUCACGGGACUUGCAUUGCUCCUAAUACGUGCUUAUGUGAGGCUCAGUAUGAUGGAGACAGUUGUAAUGAAACAGCAGAAAGCAACGCCAACCCACCAGUAUUUGCAACAUCAAAAGUCAGUCUGAUAGCUGCGUCCAACAGUCGCGUGGGAUCGACAAUUUUGAGUUUAUUUGCUACCGAUGGUGACCGCGGUAAAAACGGACACUUAUCUUACUCUCUCACCAGCACUAACAACAACCAUACAUAUUUUCGAUUAAAUGGUAGCUCGGCUGAUAUCAUUCUAUCAAAGUCACUCGAGUAUUUAACUGGAUCUCUAUUGACUUUCAAUGUCAUUGCUACUGAUGGUGGCGUGCCGAGUCUAACAGGAUCUGUAAACAUUGAAGUAUCCGUAGUGAAGCCCAAUCAACAUUGUCCCGUCUUCAAGAAUCUUCUCAAAGUCGUUCAUGUUCCGGAGAGUGCUGGGAUCGGAUAUGUGAUAGCUCACGUAACGGCCACCGACGACGACGGUACGGAUUCGGUCAACGGUGUCGUCAGCUAUUCGUUGGAAACGGCCAAUGCAAACACCAUCGCUACGCAAAACCAACUGUCGAGCGAUGUGGGAGCGUUUUCAAUAAAUACGAACUCUGGAAUGAUAGCAUCCCGUCGUCCACUGUCUGACGAUACGUAUAGUGUGAUAGCAGUGGCGUCAGACCAGGCCAGUCCACCUUGCAGCUCUACAGCUGUUCUUCAAGUUAAUGUACUCUCCUCUAAUACUCCUCCUCUCUGUGAACCAUCUAACGUCGCCACUUCUCUUCCCUACACUACAGCCGUCGGUUCGCAUGUUUUGCGUUUGGAUGCCGUAGACAACGAUAACGGGACCGAUGGAAAUCUGACCUUCUCUUAUUCUAACUUUCAAUCACUUUUCUUGCGCCACGUAUCACCAUUGGCACUGAUGCAACGUAACAAGACAGCAUACUUUCAGCUUUCCAAUCCACUCCGCUCACUUGUCGACAGCAAUUCCAAAUCUUACGAUCUCUCGUUUUUGGUAAGUGUGACAGACGCUGCUCGUCGUCCCAGAUCGUGCACUUUUGCAGUCACUGUUAUCGUCACGCAUCCAUUUCAGUUUAGACACACUUCGCUAUCGUCUACCAUCAACGAAAAUACCGACAAAGGAGUUCCAUUGAUAUUAACCCCAUCUCUAGAACUGAUGACGAACUUGAGUGGAAUUAUAUACAAUCUGCACAAUGCAGAUCAGUUACCGUUUUCUAUCGACCCAACUACAGGAACUGUGACCGUUUCUGGAUCAAUCGAUUACGAAGCAAUCUCUUAUUACGAUAUCGCCAUAGUGGCUGGCACCUCCGUUGACCCUCAAGCUUUUUCUGUUGCUCAUGUCGACAUCACAGUAAUAGACGAAAAUGACAAUCCUCCUCGUUUUCCAUUUUCACAUUACAACGUCUACGUAAAAGAAGACGUGGCCAAAGGCGUAACACUUUUGUCUCUUUCAGCGACUGAUGCAGAUUCACUAGGAGGACCGGUCGUGUAUUCACUGACUUCGCAGUCGCCAUCUAAAGAUCAACAUUUUGUGGUAACAACGACCGUCAAUGGAAUCACGAUUGAUGUAGCAGAUAACGCCAAUCUAGAUUACAAAAUUACAAACAGAUACCAACUUGUAAUCAAAACGUGGGACCGCGCGAAUCCUCGCUUGUUCAGUGAAGCGUCUAUCACAAUUCACGUAGAAGAAGGAGAUUUCCCAAGUCCGGCUUUCCAACGACGCUCAUACGACGGUUGGGUGCAAGAACACACAGCCACCGGAAAGAUUGUGUUGACUAUACCAGCUCUAGUCAAUGGCAAGAUAGGCAAUCGAGUCACCUAUUCAAUAACAAACCAGAUGUCCGACGCAUUGCCCAUCUCCGCAUUCGACGUGUCUGCUAACGGCUCCAUUGUCGUAUCUAAUUCGUCUCUUCUUGAUUACGAGAUUCUUCAUCAGAUCAGCUUCACACUUGUCGCUACGGUUACUAAACCUCGUCUACGCACAGCUCAAACGACCGUCAUUGUGCAACUCGAAGAUGUUAAUGACAACCGACCCCGAUUUGACAAAAAUGAGUAUGAAGGUGAAGUUGUUCUCGACGCUGCCAUUGGAUUUACUCUAGCAAAUGUGACUGCUCAAGAUGCUGACUCGGGCUUGAAUGGCCAUAUUUCCUACGGUAUCGAGUCUGGAAAUGACGACGGAAUGUUUUCCAUCAACGCAAUGGGCAAAGUUCAGUUGGCCAGAUCGCUGAACGAGAGCAGCCUCGACAGAUACACAAUCACCGUUAUAGCUCGUGACCACGGACAACCACCUCUAUCGUCUACAGCCACCGUCUACAUUACCGUCCUCUGUUCGUUAAUGGGAAUAUGUCUACAAAUGCCACACGUCGAUAGCAGUUCUACAGAUGUCCCAGUUGGAGUGAUCGCUGGAAGUACAAUCGGCGGUGUCGCCAUCAUCGUCGUUAUCAUUGUGACUGCACUCAUACUGAAAAAGAAAACAAACAAAAAAAACUAACCAACCAAGAGUGGACGCCGAGUGUGCCAAAUCCAAUGUAUGAUGAUUUGGCAGAUAUUCCAACCGAGAUGUUCCACAGUCUCGCAAGUACCGGUGAUAAGCCAAUCUACGAGACGGUGCACUAAUAAAUGUGUACUAGGUCUUCAACAAAAAGGGAGCUCCCGGACAAACCAAACUGUAACAGUAUAUCUAGCUAAUGGUUGCAUAUCGUCUAGUCUGUUGUUGCGUUGUCGCCUUAAUGUUUCUGCUGUUGUGCUGAUUGCAUGCAGGCACACAUUGCUUAAAAGCUUGUCUAGUAAUAGAAGCGAUUCUAGAGAUUUGCUGAA